AUGUCUGUCAUUGGUCACUAUGUCUGUCCACUAUGCCUGUCCACCAAAGCCACCACAGCUGCCUGCGAGGACCCCGAUUUUGGCUCUGUGAUGUCCCCAAACUCACAUUUCUGCUUUUUAUUCGUGUUUAACCCCUUCUUCACCCCCACCCGCAGGUCCCCAACCUUCGCCGGCGGCCUCUUCGCUAUCUCCAAGUCCUACUUCGAGCACAUCGGCUCCUACGACGACCAGAUGGAGAUUUGGGGGGGCGAGAACGUGGAAAUGUCCUUUAGGGUGUGGCAGUGCGGGGGACAGGUGGAGAUCAUCCCCUGCUCGGUGGUGGGACACGUGUUCCGCUCCAAGAGCCCGCACACCUUCCCCAAGGGCACGCAGGUCAUCUCCCGCAACCAGGUGCGCCUGGCCGAGGUGUGGAUGGACGAAUACAAGGAGAUCUUCUACCGCCGCAACCAGCAGGCCUCGCAGAUGGCCAGAGAGAAGACGUUUGGUGACAUCACGGAGCGGCGCCGGCUGCGGGAGCGGCUGCACUGCAGGAACUUCACGUGGUACCUGCAGAACGUGUACCCCGAGAUGUUCGUGCCCGACCUGACCCCGGCGUUCUACGGAGCGAUCAAAAACGAGGGCACCAAGAGCUGCCUGGACGUYGGCGAGAACAACCACGGCGGGAAACCUCUCAUCAUGUACCCCUGCCACGGGCUGGGGGGCAACCAGUAUUUUGAGUACACGAGCCAGCGGGAACUGCGCCACAACAUCGGCAAGGAGCUGUGCCUGCGGGCGGGAGGGAGCGCGGCCGAGCUGGGCGAGUGCCAGUUCCGAGGGAAGCCCGGCCGGGUGCCCCCCAGCGAGGAGUGGGACCUGGCGGAGAACCGGCUCAUCAAGAACCUGGCCUCGGGGAUGUGUCUGACGGCCCGCGGGAAGCACCCGGCGCUCGUUACCUGCGACCCCACGGAUCCUCACCAGCUCUGGUCCUUCAGCUAAACGGGAGCCGAGCCCCCGGUCACGCUCAGGAAACCAGGAUCCAAAAAAAAAAAAAAAAACUUCCUUGUUCGCUUUGAUUUAACAAGUGAAAAGCCUUAAAUAUGCUGCAUUUCGUGGUUGCC